AUGGCUGCUCCAACGAAGGUGCUAAUGCUGCAUGGACACUCGCAGAAUGCCAGCAUAUUCAGUAAACGCCUUGGGGCCUUGAGGAAAUCGAUGGGAAAAGGCAUUGAAAUGGUAUUCGUGGACGGACCCAUCGUCUUACUUCCUGUUGACCUCGACGCCGCCUCUUCAUUGGCAGCUCUCGGAGCUUCAGAGGCGAACACGACGUCCUCCGAUCCUUCAGCCACUCCCCGAGCUUGGUGGAAAUCUAACCCUGAGAGAACAGUCGCCCACGGAUUAGAAGACUCUAUACUCCUCUUGAGAGAUAUUCUUCAACGUGAUCGAUAUGAUGGUGUGUUUGGCUUCAGUCAAGGAGCAGCUAUGGCUGCUCUGCUUGCCGCUCUCAGCAGACCCCAUUCAUACCCUCCCUUUCUCAUCGAUGGAGAGGCUCCUCACCCGCCUUUCAAAUUCUGUGUAGCCGUCUCAGGCUUCAAGGCACCUGGGUCUAUUAGCGCAGAAACUUUUGGGACAUCGUAUUCUACACCCACCCUGCACGUUCUCGGGAGAAACGAUGUCAUUGUCAUUAAGGAGCGCUCGAAGGGUCUGCUUGAUCUCUCACAGAACAAGAGAUUGGAGGAGCAUGAUGGCGGUCAUUUCGUGCCCUCGAAGGCCAACUGGAGGGAGUUCUUCCGCAAUUACUUGGCUGAUCCUCUUGGAGUGAUUCCUUCCCCAGAACCGAGAACUGUUCUUCAGCCUACCCCGGACGAUUGA